AUGGCUCCCACUUUCAAACUUCAGUGUCACUUCAUUCUGAUCUGUCUGAUGGCUCUAAGAGGGGAGAGCCGGUACCUGGAGCUGCGGGAAGCUGUGGACCACGACCCUUUCCUACUCUUCAGCGCCAACCUGAAGCGGGAGCUGCCGGGGGAGCAGCUGUACCGCCGCGCUAUGCGGUGCCUGGACAUGCUGAGCCUCCAGGGCCAGUUCACCUUCACCGCCGACCGGCCGCAGCUGCACUGCGCCGCCUUCUUCAUCGCAGAGCCCGAGGAGUUUAUCACCAUCCACUACGAGCUGGUCUCCAUCGACUGUGAGAGCGGGGACUUCCUGAAGGUAUUUGAUGGUUGGAUUCUCAAGGGAGAGAAGUUCCCCAGUUCCCAGGAUCACCCUCUCCCCAUGACUGAGCGGUACACAGAUUUCUGUGAGAGUGGUCUUAGCAGAAGGAGCGUCAGAUCUUCCCAGAACGUGGCCAUGAUCUUCUUCCGGGUCCAUGAACCAGGAAAUGGGUUCACAUUAACCAUAAAGACAGAUCCUAACCUCUUUCCCUGCAAUGUCAUCUCCCAGACCCCAAAUGGAAGGUUUACUCUGGUCGUGCCACAUAAGCAUCGCAACUGCAGCUUCUCCAUAAUUUAUCCUGUGGUGAUCAAAAUAUCUGAUCUCACCCUGGGACACUUAAAUGGUCUGCAAUUAAAGAAGUCCUCAGCAGGUUGUGUGGGAAUAGGAGACUUUGUGGAGCUGCUGGGAGGAACUGGAUUGGACCCUUCCAAGAUGAUGCCUUUAGCUGAUCUCUGCUAUCCUUUUCACGGCCCUGCCCAGAUGAAAAUUGGCUGUGACAACACGGUGUUGCGCAUGGUCUCCAGCGGAAAACAUGUAAAUCGUGUGACUUUUGAAUACCGCCAGCUGGAACCAUACGAACUGGAAAACCCAAAUGGAAACAGUAUCCAGGAAUUCUGUUUGUCUACUCUUUGAAUAACCAAGCCAAUG